GUACGGCACUUGAAACUGCUCAUGUGGGCGGUUAUAGUGAUUCCAGGCACGGUCUAAAUCGGGCUGCCACGGUAAACAAAACGAACGCCGCCAUACAAACGCAGACGGAAACAACGGAUCCAGUAUGAAGAGCGUGUUUCAGGAAGAAGUUGGCGCCCUUGCGCUGUAAACUAUUAGCUUGCAGGCUAACUGGAGAAUAUGAAAAUUCGUCUCUGUAGAAUUUUUUCCUUCCGUUGGUUUUGAAGAGCCGAACAAUGAGCGACAUGGAAUUCAGCGUUCCCCUGUCGUCACUGGCCCUCCUGGUCCCACCAUUGAGGCUGAUGUCAGCAGUGAUGUGGGAAGUGGUUCGCCAGAGGAACAUAAAGCACUAUGGGAAGCUGGAAGAGUUCGUAUCCAUGGUUACAGAUGCAGUUCCUGAUCUCAUGAGUAAAAGAGAGGGGAGACUGUUGUCGCUCGGCCUGAGGGCCAGGACCACUCUGGAAUUGUUGCGUUCUGAGCAUCCUGAAGAUCUGAAAGCUGUCGAGACUCAUCUUAACAGGAUUCGAUCCUCCUGCAUUGAGGAGACAAAUGAUCCUGUGAUUGAAGCACCAGAGGCCAACUUUAUGAAGCUCGUACAAGGCCUCAUUGAGGACACUGAUGGCAGAGAACAUUUCCUCAAGAACGUGUUUCCAGUGGAAUACGGCCCUGACUUUGACACAGCGCUGGAGACAUUAGUUUCUGAAUUCUUUACUCGACUGGAGGAGCUGCUGCCAAUACCAGAUUUCAAGCAGACUGCAUCUUGGUUCAGUGCUGCCCCCUCUGUCCUUGAGGAGUACAUGCAGUGUGUGUCAAACGGAGAUGACCUCAAAUUUCUACUCCAGAGCAAGCAGUGUCAUGGAAAAUUGGCAAAAAAUAGCAUUGCUCCAUUUCAUUCAGAUGAUCUUCUCAUCCCCUCCCUGUCUCUGCCCCCCUCACUGGAGGUGGCCAUUGCGUCCCAUCCGAGUGCUUGUGACGAUGACAACAGCGUUCCUCAGAUAGUCAUGUUUGACGAAGAACUGUCAACAAACCCUUCCACGUCAACUGACUUUCCUGAUUCUCCAAAAAGACCUGACCUGUCCUCCUCUCCUUGUCGCAGACAGCAGUCACAUAAGUGUCCCGAGUGCGGCAAAUUCUUCAAGCAUCACUCUGUCCUGGUGGAGCACCAACGAGUCCACAGUGGUCAGCAGCCUUACAACUGCUCGGAGUGUGGGAGGGCGUUCAGGACGGCCACGCUGCUGGCCGGCCACAGGCUCCGCAAAUGCAAAAAUGCUGCUUACCUUUGCAUAAAAUGCGGGAACAGCUUUCCCACUUCUCUGGACAAAUUCCGACACCACUGUCCCAAACGGGGCCGCAACUACGAUUGUGAGCACUGCGGGAAGACGUUCCAAAAGUCCAGCAGCCUAAAGGAACACCUCCUCACUCAUGUCCAGAGCCGUCUUUUCAAGUGCAGCCAUUGUGGCGAAGGUUUUUCGGGCAUUGGCGAGCUGAAGUAUCAUCAGCAGGUCGAUCACGACAAGCCCUAUCAGUGCAAGAAAUGUAGAAAGAGCUUCAUCUCCGCCAAGUGUCUGGCGAAACAUCAACAACGCCACGAUGAGAUCGGUGAAAUGGAGGCAGCCAAAUUACUAAGCGGAGGUAAACACAGGAAAAGUGGCAGCCGUCAUCGUGUUUCCUCUUUGUCGCUGUCAGGUUCCUCAAGGAAACUGACUAUCAAAUCCGCUUAUUCCCGAGGACGAGUCACUCACAACUGUCCACUGUGCGGAAGGAGCUUCAAGUACCGGUUUGAGUUUCUGGAGCACCAGAGGUUCCACACGGCCGUGAAGCCGUACAAAUGCUCCCAGUGUGGCAAAGCCUUCCGCACAGAGUCUCACCUGUCGGGCCACAGGAAGAGAAAGUGCAAGAACGCCGCCCACAUUUGCACCAAGUGUGGCUGUCAGUUUAGGUCGUUACACGAGCGUGUCAGGCACCAGUGUGUGCAGCUGCUCACCAAAUACGAAUGCUCUCACUGCGGGAAGACCUUCAAGAUGGCACACCUGCUGAGGAACCAUCAGAUGACUGAGCAUCAGCUUCCCUACAGCCCCAACCAUCGCUUCAGGUGCAGAUACUGCGACGAGACGUUCCCUGGCAUCAGCGAACUCAAGUAUCAUCAGCGGGUCGACCACGAGAAGCCGUACCAGUGCCAGGAGUGCGGCAAGUGCUUCCUGUCUGAAAAGUGCUUGUCCAACCACGAGCUGCGCCAUAACGAUGACAGGCCAGAGAGCUGCCUCGUCUGUGGCCGUGGCUUCAGAAACCGCUACGACUUGAAGCAGCACAUGCGUACCCACACGGGGGAGCGUCCCUACCAGUGCACGCACUGCGCACAGUGCUUCUCCACAGCAGGGGGCCUGCGGAGCCACACCCGGGUUCACACCGGCGAGAAGCCACACAUCUGCCCAGAUUGCGGGAAGGCUUUCUCGCAGAUGGGUGCGAUGCGCACCCACAGGCUCACCCACACCGGCGAGAGGCCGUUCAAGUGCACAGUGUGCGGGAAGGGCUUUACCAUGGCACACAAGGUAACCGUGCACAUGCGUGUGCACACCGGAGAGCGGCCCUACGUGUGCUCUCAGUGUGGGAAAGCCUUCUCUGACGGGAGUGUGCUCAAGCAGCACAUGCUCAACCACUCAGGGGUGAGACCCUUCCACUGCCAGAUCUGUCCCAAGACGUACACGUGUCUCAACCACCUGAGGAGGCACCUCAAAAGUCACUCCAGCAUGAACUGACUCUGAAAAGCACUGCUGUCCCAAACGACCUUUUUCCCCUCCCCCCGAACAUCCAAAAGACUGCAGCUUUUUUUUCUUCUCCAAACAUGUUUAUUAUUUCUGUGAGAUGCUAAUAGGUCACGCACGCUAAUCAGACCUGCCAACAUGUACGCAUUUUUCAUACUCGGACAUGAAUGCGCUUCGCUGCUCUCAGGUACGCAUUUUGUUACAUUUCGGCGGUUUCGAGUUCAGUCUCUGAAGCCUGAUUUAUGCUCAUGUGUCAAGGCACCACUGGCUCGCUCCUCCCUUGCUCUUGCGUAGCAUGGCGUGCGACUCCAAAAAAAGUAUACAGUAUAUGACCUCACGCUACGGUGACCGCAAAGGCUGUGAUCGGGGGGCUUGUAGUACAUUAUUUCCUGUGUCUAUACAAUUCGUUCAGAGGGCAGCUCACCUCCGCAAACGCCUUCUCAUCUGAUUUCAGAUCAACAUUUGCAAUUAGAAUGACAGUUGUAAAGAGUUGAUUAGUUCCAGCCGCAGUGACACUCCCCUUCGCUUUAAUUACCAUGGUUCACUCAUGAUACAAGAAGCUAACAAGCUAAGUAGUCGACAAGGGUUGUGGCUCUCAUUGCACACUCAACCCUGACAGAGAGCUAUAAAAGCAGGGGUGUCCAAAGGGGCCCAGGGGCCAUUUGUGGCCUUUUUUAUUGGAGCUCAGCUUAUUGUGGAAAUACAACUUAAACAAAAAAAAACCAGCAAAAAUGGGGAAAAAAUACAGCAAAAAAGCAUAAUGUUACGAGAAAAGGGAGAGCACUCAUAAAAUGUUUUCAGAGUUGGCAGGUCUGCAAUCAAACCAAAAGUAUAUACAGUAUUGUGAAGGACAUUUAUCGGCAAAUCUCAGCCGUUGUCGUGUGAAAACUGAAUUCAAAAUCCGUUCUUUUAUAUGCCAAUUAUGGUUUGCUGACUGAGAUUUAAAUUAAAUGACCUUGGUUCCACUUUUUGUGUGACUUUGCUUUCUUCCAGGGAACCGUAAGCUGUUUUUUUCCAUCUCCACACUAGAGGGCAGUAGCUACAUUCAGACACUUGUUAGGUAAUAUCAGCUGGAAUUAGGAGGAUGACUUUGUUUAUCCUUGAAUGACUUUGCUCCUGUGUUAUCUUCACAAACAGACUCCAUAGCUCAGACAUCUUCAUCUGGCUCAUUUCCUGCCAUUAUCUUCAUUUGGCUUGGUUUGGAAUCUUGAUUGGCCUGCAAUUUCCCGAACUUGCACUCUGUGACAUCUGUAAACUGUAAGGAAGAGCAAUCUUUUUUCUUUUUUUUUUUUUAGAGUGGCGGAACUAUUCUGAUUAGUUUGUGCAAUGUCUCGCGAGACAAUGAAGCCUUCACUCCCGAUUGCAAGCGACUCGUGAUUCAUCUCUUCCAUCUGUGUUGGCUUUCAUUGGGAGAAAAGAAAAAUGAUCUCAGUUUUUUUCCCCUUACUUGUUUGAUGCAUAUGUUCCACAGCCCAGUAGUUGCUUUUGAAUCAUUAUUUCAUCAUUUUCUAACCUAAUCCCCAUUUAUUAUAAAAGUGGCUCUGUGUUCUUAGCCCGUUACACUCGUUUUUUUUCCUCCCCUUCUGACUCAAAUUUGCUACUAGUUCUGUCUACUUAGCGUCAAGAUCCUGUGGAAACUGACUUUGUGUGCCAGAGACGCCGGCCAGAAACGUCCUUCAGGGGUUUCAGCAUGUUGGCCCACAUGUGUUGAGGUCUUAUCUUGGCUUUCAAGGGUACGUAUGUUCUCAGUUCUCUCAGGGUGAUGUUUUAACGCGAGUGAGCUCAUUGAGUGAUGUUAAAACUGUCUUGUAAAGAAGCACAAAGCAAGAACGCAGUCACUUACGUAACGUCAAACAAUGCCAAUUUUUCAAUUAAACCCUUGGGGAGAAUGUAGAGAAGAGAGCGUCUGUAUGGAGACAUCCCAAAACACACAAUUUAUACACGCUGCCAUAAAGUUGCACUGAUUUAUUACCAGGCCUGGCUCCUAAACACAGAUCAUUACCAGAUGUCCCACUCCCCCCACCCCACCACACCCCACCCCACAUGCUCUCUUCCUCGCAUCUGCACUCUUUGAGCAGCUUUGUCGCUCCAAGAAAAGUGAGCUCAGUGGAAAGACUGAGUCCAGGACAGUUUCCCCCACAUACACACGGAGCACAUGUAUGUCCACAGCAACCAUGAAACGACCGCACCUGGCCAAGCGAGCCACACCUCUUCUCUGGGAGUGUUUUUUCCCCCUUGAACGGUUGCAGCCACAAAGUGCACUAGAUGGCACUGUGUCUCUUCCUCGCUCAUUGAAUAUUCAAGCCAAGAAUGCCCUCUUCCCUUUUUCCUCAGAUGAACCAGAUGUGUUCCUACAAGAAUGUUAUUGCACAGAUUGAAUUCAAAAUGUUUCCACUACAUACACGAUGCUCUUUUUGUGGUACAGAACAUACAGCAUCCGUGUAGUGGUGCACUACAUUGAUGUUUUCAAAGCUGCAUUGGGGUAUAAAAUGUUUUAUAUGAGUUUUAAAAUCAAACACGUUGUGGUGCAUGCGCGCUGCUGCAAACAGACGUAGUUGCAUGCUUGUGCUUCCUUUCCGGUGCCCAUAAUUCCCGUUGGAGAC